AAGCGGAGAAGCCGGAGAAGCGGGCGGGAGGAGUGGCUGUUGGCGGUGUCGCGGGGGGCGGAGGAGGAGGAGGAGGAGCGCGGAGUGUGUGGUGCAUGGCUCGGCGGGAAGGGAGAGGCGUGCUUGAUUGCGUAGUGUGUCUUAAUGGCGGAGGCUUCGGCGGCGGGCGGCACGGAGAAGGCGCCGAGGCCGCCUCAGCGGGCGGAGAGCAGCAGCAGCAGCAGCAGCAGCGACCUCCCGGCAGGAGCCGAAGCGGAGGCCUUCUCACAAAAUGGCGCCCGCCCUGAGAGGAGACGGAGUGGCGACGAGGAGGAAGCGGCGCUGCUGCUGCUUGGCGGGGGCCUCUCCAAGGCCGCCGCCGAAGACCUGCCUCUGAAGAGAAACUUUCAGAUCCCCAGGAAGAGUCGAGAAAAGAAAGCACUUUUUCAACCUCUAACAAAGGAAUCUCGUGAAUUUGAAGAUGUCGUGAACAUUUUGCAUUCAUCAUAUUUGGAAGUCCAUUCAAAGGACAAUUUCAUCUACAAACAAGCUAGUUUGAUUCAUAAUGAACUUUUUGAAAAGGAAUUCAUAGAGAAACGAAGAGAGUUGAAAAGAGAUGGCCGAUUGGAAAAAGAACUGGUUGAAACGUAUGCAUUUCUGAAGGUCGACCGUGAAUUGGUGCAAAACAUAUGUGAAAACGGAUUGCAGGCAGGCCAUUCCAAGAUAACAGUUCUUGGUAGCCCUUCUCGAGGUGUGUAUCUUUCCAGAUAUGCCGAUUUAUUGCAAGCUAAUCCUUUGGAUGCUAAAGCAACUGGUGAUAUUAUUAUAUUUAAAGUAAUAAUGGGGAGAACAAAAACUAUAUAUGAUAACUUGGGAGGAAAUCAAAUGGAUUCAAAUGUUAAAAGUGCAUUGGACCCUACACCAAAAUACGAGUGCCAUAUUUCAAAGAAUGCAAAUAGAAUUACUUCGGUCUUAACUUAUAGAGCAUUUGAACGCACACAGUAUUACUUUUAUGAAUAUGGCUUUGAUGAGAUCAGACAAAGACCAAGGCAUGUUUGUCCAUAUGCGGUUGUAUCGUUUUCCUGCAAAGGUGAAAAGGCACAGAAGUAUUUGUCCCAAGCAAGAUCAAAAAUUUCUAAUGUGGACAAGAGUACUGAUAAAACAAGUUAUACCUUGUGGAAUGGGCAGCUUUUAAACAGAGGGACACUUGUUUGCCAUGCUGCUCUGAAAUCAGAAACACGGCCAUUGCUUCCAUGCAAACUUCCUGAAAAACUUGAUGUUGAUAUGGUUAUGAGCAUUGAAAACCUGAAACAACGUUUCUCAACACGUGCCCUGCAGAAAGAAGCGUAUUCAGGACAAAGGGAAGAGUUCAGGAGUGGAAUGUAUUGCAGUCUUUAUGAAAUUGUGGAAAAGGCUAGAUCAGGAAGUAAUUUGGAAGGAUUACUACACAAGCUGGAGACAGACAAACUAGUUAUUGUAAAACCACUUGUAGAUGGAGGAUAUUUAUUGCUGCUUUCUCCACAUCAGAUGGCUUCCCCAUAUGAGAACCGAACAGGAAAUCCUCGUACCUUGCAAGCAUUGUUUCUGUUUCGGAAUCCUAGAUGUGUUGUGACUUCAGCACACAAAAAUGAAAUGAAAAAUGAAAAUACAUCAAUAUUGCAGGAAACACAUGUGGUUAUGCCAGAAUUUACAAGAUUUAUUCAAUCUCUGCAUUAUGCUUAUGUUCAAUCCCGUAAAGAUCCUAGGUCUGACUUAAAUACUGCGGUGGAAAAAUACAUAAAUGAUUAUCUGAAACGCUAUAGUAAAUAUAAAGAAUUCAUUUUAUUUGACUAUAAGGAUACCUUGGAUGAAAAAAAGCAUCUAUAUCCAGCCCCCAAAAAUAAAUCCAAUAUUGACAGUUCUUUGCGUGCCUAUAUUUUUGGAUCUGCCACCUAUCAGAUCCCUGUUUCUAAAGCCAAAAAACUAAUGGAUGGUUAUCAAAAACCUCAGCAGUUCAGUCCUGUUUCAGAUUGUGAAGCAGCAGAAGAAGAGUCUGACUACACAAAGAGAAAAGCCAAGAAACGAAACAAUUCUAAAAGUGAAGAAAUAGCCGCCAAGAGAAAGCCUAAUCAUUCUGGGGAUUAUGAUCAAGAAAGUAUAAAAGAACUAAUUAAUUUAAUUCAGAGAAAGAAGAAAAAUAUAGAUAACGAUUCUGAUACAGAAGAUAGAAUUGAAAACCAACUGAAACGAAAGCUGCAAGGUGACAGCACACCAGAAACACUUCAUUCAAUGAUAGCUGAUCUUGGUGGACAUGAUACUGAUCUGAGGCAGCAAAAUGUUUCUGAGUCUCCAGCUCCUGACUCAUCUUUAUUGAUGCUCCUUUCAAAGAUUUUAAGUAAUCCAGAUUUGCCAGGUUUGAUUAAACAAUCUUCACCAGAAAAUUAUUCAGUCCAAGCUGUUGAAAACAACCCAAUUCCUGUACAGAUUAAAGAAGAACCUCUGUUUCCUGAUACUGCACAUGUUGAAAAUACUCAUUUGAAGGAUCCCCAAAGUCCGGUCAAGCAGGAAACAGAUGCGCCAUGUUUGCCUUACUCUGUUGAUGUCUCUAGUUGUGAGGCAGACACAACUAAUCAUAUGCGACAUUUAAAAGACGUAAGCACCGGAAGUGUAAGUAGCUUUGAUGGUUGCAGCAGCCCAUGUUCUAGUACACCUCUUGAACAGAGCUAUCAUAGGCAGAAUUCCAGCUCAAAUAGUAUUUCUACAAUUGGCAUAAAUUGGAAACUGAUCCCCAUUACAGGAGGGGCAGGAAGAGUUCCUGAGGAACAACUGAGAAUGCAUGGCGAUAACCAAACAGGCUUGAAAUCUCGAGAUGAAUUGUUGGCUUAUUCACCACCAAAGGAUGCAUCUGAAAAUGAUCCACGUGUAAUUAUUAGGCGAAGAAAUUCUGAUUAUCCAUCUACAUGCUCUGCAUUUUCAGACUCACAGGAGAGAAGAUUAGAAGAUGAAGUAAAUACAGAGCAAGAGACAAAAUUUGAAGAACAGUUUGAAACUGAGACAAAUGACUGUGUGUCGAAUUCCAUAAGUGGACUAAUAGAAACAGCAAUAUUAGAAGAAUACACUCUAUUUACCAGUAAAAUUCAGGAGAUGUUGAAGAAGAAGAAUAUUAUUUAUGCCAGUAGAAUAUCCAGACCUGUUAUUUCAGCCAAGGAAAGAGUUAUGAGACUUUCUGAAUAUAUAUGUUUACAGGCAUCGGAUAUUGCUGUCCAAGAAUAUGUAGAAAGACUGAGUGAAAAUCUCAACAAUGUUAUUUUGUCAGCUUCAUGUGGCAUCCAGAGUGUUCCCCUUACUGGCAAUUCUGAACUGGUAAAUGACUCAGAUGAUACUGAAUUGAAUCUGCCAUCAGAAGAGAUUGAGCCUCUUUCAGGUGACCUUGAUGUGGCGCAAUUUCCAGAGCCACCAUGCAACAAAGUGGAAAGAGAUUCAUUCAUUGAUGAACAGGAUCACUUAGCAACCUUGGACACAGGAAAAGAACACAGCCCACUGAGUGCCAACAUAGAAAUGAAGUUGGCAGCAGAAGCAAAUGUCUGUAGUGCUGACCCUGCGCAGCAGACAGAUAAGAUGUCAAAGGUGGCAGAUAAUUCAAAGGUUACACCCAAGACGGCUGUGGUUGGCCUUAUAAGCCAGCUAAAACCUGAAGUAUUUGACAGCAUUGUCAAAAUAAUGCAAGAUGUACAAAAAAACACUGUGAAAUUUUACAUCCAUGAAGAGCACGAGAGCACACUUUGUAAAGAAAUAAAGGAAUAUCUUACUAAAUUAGGUAAUACAGAGUGCCAUCCUGAGCAGUUCUUAAGAAGAAGAGCUGAUUUGGAUAAAUUGCUUAUUAUUAUUCAAAAUGAAGAUAUUGCCAAUCUAAUUCAUAAGAUACCAUGUUUAGUAACUUUGAAGAGGCUUCCAUGUGUCAGCUUUGCUGGUGUUGACAGUCUGGAUGAUGUAAAAAAUCACACUUACAAUGAAUUAUUUGUUUCUGGUGGCUUCAUUGUCUCUGAUGAAUCGGUUCUCAAUCCAGAAUCUGUGACAGUUGAUAAACUUAGCAGUUUUCUGAAAUUCCUUGAAGAGCUUAGCACACCUGAUGGAAAGUGGCAGUGGAAAGUUCACUGCAAAAUACAGAAAAAAUUGAAGGAACUUGGAAGAACAAAUGCCAGUGCCACUAAUUUGCUGACGCUUCUGAAUACGUAUCAAAAGAAGCAUAUGGUUGAGAUCCUGUCGUACCAUAGCUGUGAUUCUCAAACUCGGAAUCCUCCAGAAUUAGACUGCCUUAUAAAACUUCAAGCUCAGAAUAUACAGCAGAGGCACAUUGUCUUCUUGACAGAAAAGAAUGUGUUAACAACCUCUUGUGCUGAAAACGGAAUAGUGGUCGCUUCGGUGGAUUUCUUCAUGCAGAACUUUAGAAGUCUUGUUGGCUACCAUAACCUGAUCACUGAGGAAAACUGCCUUCCUCUCCCAGUUGAUCCUCAGAGACAGUCAGCUCCCAUAGAAAACGAAAAGGAUGAGGAGGACAUGUCUUUGGAUUCAGGGGAUGAAACAUCACAAAUAGAAGUUUGCAAUGAUGCCUCAAAGUAUGACUCUCACGUGAAAGCUUUUGAGACAGAGGCCAAAGGACUCCAUGGAGCAGACUGUGAUCAAAAUUCUCAAGCUGAUGCACUGUUGCCUGCUGAAGGACGACACUGCCUUCUGACUGAAAAAACAUCUAAAAUUGAUAUGCAGGAUAUACAACCUGUUACACCUGUCUCUACAACACGUCCUGUUGAAGGAGAGAGAACUAAUUCAAUAGAACAAGUUCCUCUCAAUAACUUUCAGAUUUACAAUAGACAGCUAAGCGUGCCCCAUCAGUUCAGUCACUUUAAUGUUCUCACUCAUCAGACAUUUCUGGGACCAGCAUACCCCAUGUCUACAAAUCAAAACCAAGAAGGUGGGAACUAUUUCCUGUCUGCCUACAGUCAGAACCUAAACAUGGGCCAGUCUCCAUCUCCCAAUAGCUGGGAUAUCAGACCGUUUUCCAAACAGAAUUAAGUAAAGCUAAAAUGGUUUUUAAAAAUAACUCGUUGUGGACUUUUUUGUUCAAAAAAGUGGAUUAGCAGUUUCUAUUAUCCGAUCUGUCAAACAUUUCCUGUCUAUCUCAAAAUGUUUUCUUGUUUAACUUAAAUCAUGAAUGGUCUGUAUCAGGUGAAGCACCUGAAGUUUGAAAUAAAUAUAUAUAUUUUUAAACAUUUAAUGUACUUGAAUGAACUUGUUUGUUGGCACUUUUAAGUUUUUACAUUUUGUAGUUCAUUUGUAAUUGAGACUUCCAGCUUGAAGUCUGUCUUACUGUAAAGUGAAUGUUUGCUUGAAGCAUAUGUGAAAGAAGAUGGCUUCAUUUUUAAAGAAAAGUGUAACAGGAUAUUGAAACCACUUUUUCUUUAUCAAAGCUAUUACGUCUGUAUGUUAAAGUUUUGUACAAAAUCUUUAUAUAUAGUUAUAAAGGCAAUUAUAGUUACUUUAACAAGUAUUUUGGAUUUUUGGCUACAUACCUCAGUUACAACAACCAAUGGUUAGUUUUGAUUUUGAAAAUAAAAAAAGUCAUCCAGAUGGGA